AAACUCAUUUUUAAGACUGCAAGUUUUUAUGGUAAGUACACAAUGAAGUUUUAAAAAUAAACCGCAGUUUAGAAGUUUAGGCGAUGUAUUUUUUUUUUGGUGUAAGAAGUCCCUCUAGACUGCAACCCUGUACCCUGUAGCAUGAUAUAGCCUGAGCCUGCUGUAGCCUUAUAAUAUGACCUGCAUCUUUGUUUAGUGUAUAAAGACCUGAAGCCUUAACAAUGUAGCCAUGAGCCUGCUGUCAGUUAUGGGCUGGUAUAUAUGAGAUCAAUUAAAGUUUAAAGAAACUUGAAAAUAAAAAUAUCCAAUGAAUAACAAAAUUAAUAAACUUUCACAAACUUUUUUGUUAAACUGUAACUAUACAGGACGCAAUAGAAUGUCCAGCAACCCUGUCAUCAGAAGGGCCGUCAGCGCAGACUACACUGACCUAAUGGACAUUGGGGAUGUGUAUGGAGGCAUCGACUACUUCAUGGCCUUGUACCACGACUUUCUAGACGACCCUGACAUUUACCCCGUUGUUGCCGAGGUCAAGUGUCGAGCGAUUGGAUUCAGUAUGAACCACAUUAUCGACGGUGGACUCACGGUGAGCCGACGUGCCGGGCGAGUCCACAACUCACACAGGGGUGCUGGGAUAAUGCAUUUGAUGACCCAGGAGUUGGAGAGGCACCAGCGGGAGAAUUACCCUGGGGUCAAGUACUUGGCCUGGUGUGCCAGAAGGUCGGCUGCUGAGAAGGCGGGCAGAGAUAUGAGAGACAAUGGCUAUGAGAAGGUCAUCUUAAAGCCAACUCUCGGAUUUAUUUUUGACGUCAAGAAGAUCAAAUGUCACUUAAAACCGGAAAUAACGUCACAAGUCUUAUCAAUGACGUACGAUGAUCUCAACCAUUUAUUUGGUGUCGGUGACGUAGUAGAUGCGUUAUUUCCAAAGAAAAGAUUGUUCAACUUUUACAAACCUUUUCGUUGCAUGGAGGCCAACAUCAAACACGUCAUAAGCGAGAGACAUGACGUAUUUGCUACUACGUCAGCACCAACAGCUCAAAUCUCUGAAGGUCAGGGACAUUUUACAGAAGAGAUGUUGCGUGACAUUGACAUGGUCUCCUUCUCCGAGCGGUUUCCUGUUCGUCAUGGUCUGGUGUACACGCUGGAUCUGUAUGGACGUGACCAAGUUGGUGACGUCACUAUCAGGUCUCACCUCCAGCGUCACGUGGGGUCUCUGGAGACCUUGACCCAAGAUGGCGGGACGCUGGUCAUCACGUACGGGAACAACAUCGAGGGCGAGAGAGUGUUUUCCAUCCUACGAGAGUUGGGCGUGGACGAGUUGUCGCCCGUUGUUGAUAGCUGGAAGGUGUUGUACGAGAAAUGUGUGGAUACACAUUCUGCAUCAAGUUAAACUUUAAGUUACCUUAUCCUCUACAAUUAUGAUGGAGUAAUGAGAUUUGUUCAUUUGGGUUACUGUAGUUUUACUCGUUAUCCCGUUGGACUAUUGCUUCUUUUUUGCGAGGAUUAACUAUCGUAAAGUUUUGUAGAAAAUAUUCCGUGAGCAUUGUUGUGUAAGACUAAAAGAGAGAUUCGCAACUAUUAUAAACCCUAAGAAUCGCCUUUAAAGAAAGGCACGAAUACAUAGGUAAAGAUUACCGACGCAUUUAGGAUACCUCACGGAAUAAACCUGGUCUUUUAGAAAAACUUUCGACUUGAUAAAAAUAUUCUUUGACCGAACGGAGACACUAGAGUCGGUUUCCAAUGUUACUGAGUGGAAAAGAAUUAAAG